AUGCGGUUUGUAAGGCAAGUGUUGGAAGUUGUGGUGCCUCAAUCGGAACAAGGUGAUGUUGCAGUUUCAACAAAGGAGCAUUUUCACGAUGUUUACUGGAACGUUUUCUUGGUAGAUGAAGAUGCUCAAAUUAUACCACCAACCAAUUUGAAAUAUUCUCACUCAAGGCUUGACAAAUUAAACUCUAUUAAGGAGUUGAUAUUACUAACAAAAAAGAGUAUGACAAGGGUUCUAACUGUUUCGGCUGUUGGUACAGGUUUCUACAUUCUUCCUCAACAAGUAAUUACAAAUCAACACAUAUCCUAUCCAUCUCCACCUACAUUUUUCACUGGACAACUUGCAAAAGCAACAACCAAUUUUACACUUCCAAAAGAGGAGAGUGUUAUAUAUACAGGUGCUUCUCUAAUUAGAGAAAAGGGGUGGAAACUCAUGCAAAAACAAGAAGAACUUUUUCCAUCGUUUCAACAGGAAUAUCAAGACCCAAUAUCCAGCUCAAUAGGCAAUUUCAAUUAUUUGGAUAUUUCAAUCCAUAAAUUGACUUGUAAAGUAUCGCAUGAAUGGCCAAAGGUUUUAUUCAUUCCAUGUCCAACUGUACUCCAAAUUGACGAUGAUAUUUUCACAACACAUUUUCCAGGCAUUGAAGGAACUAAAUUUUCAACCUCCGUUUCACAGCAUCAGGAAUACCAAGAAUGGGCACCUUGUGAUGAUAUGGCUAGAAACGUGUUUCACAAUUUUGGGAGGUUAUGUGUUUCUACAGGAAAAGUACUUGCACCUUACACUGAAAAAGUUCAAAAUGGCAAAAUUGAAUGGGUUGAACAUGAUGAUUUGGUAUUAACGACAGAAAACUCCAACUUUAUUAUUUCAAAUGAGAGUGUUAUGAAUGGAUCAUCAGGUGGUUGUUUACAAUCUUGUCAAUGCCAAAAAAUUCAAAUUGGUGCUUACACACUUGUAGAAUUCCAUGGAGUUCAUUUUGGAGGUGAAUUUAUUAAGUGUCAACAUUGUUUGAAGAAUCUCAAACAACACUUGAAAGAGGAGAAAAUUCAGUGGUCUGAUUGGAAUGAGCUUCAGAACAAGUGGUACUUUUGUACCUGUAAAUCUCCAACAGGUUUAGCUUAUAACUAUUCUGUCUCUGUUCAUCAUCCUCUAUUCAAAGACGUAUACAAAAAAUUGAUUCUUGAGGAUUUAUUGAAAUUGUUAGAUGUAAAUAUUGAAGAUAAUAGGUUAGCUAGAUUAAAAGAAUACCUCGAAUUGUAA